CUGACCGAGGGGGACUCCGCGUAGAGACACCCGAGCUGCCGGCGGCUGCUCGCUAGGGUUGGGCGCGCUUCUUUCCACGCCGGCGGCGUCCACGCUGGCCGGGGCGCCCGCACGCUCGCGGCUGAGUUCGACACUCGUUUACGAUCUUUGUGUCUUCUCUCCCGCCCCUUUCGCCUCGCUGGCCGCCGCGAUGCUGCUGCGCCUUGUUGCCGCCGCCGACUUGCUCCGCCCGCGGCGCGCUGCUUGCUGUGGUGGUGGCUGCGGCCCGUCUCCGACGCGGGCCUGAAGGAGGAAAAAGAAGAAGCGAGACGCGCCCUCCGGCCCAUGCCGCAGCCACGGCCCCGGACCCUUCACGGCGCCCGCGCCGCCGCCCUCGCCGGAGCCCACGAGACCUGCAUGGACGGGCAUGGGCUUGAGAGCAGCACCUUCCUGCGCCGCCGUCGCCACCGCCUCCGCCUCCGCCACUGGGGCUGAGCAGCGGCGCCGCCCCCGGCUCUGCCCGCCGCCCCUGGCUUUGCUGCUGCUGCUGCUGCUCAGCCUCGGGCUGCUCCACGCAGGUGACUGCCAACAGCCAGCCCAGUGUCGAAUCCAGAAAUGCACCACGGACUUUGUGUCCCUGACUUCACACCUGAACUCUGCCAUUGAUGGCUUUGACUCUGAGUUUUGCAAGGCCCUGCGUGCUUAUGCUGGCUGUACCCAGCGAACUUCAAAAGCUUGCCGAGGCAACCUGGUCUACCAUUCUGCUGUCUUGGGUAUCAGUGACCUCAUGAGCCAGAGGAACUGUUCCAAGGAUGGACCCACAUCUUCUACCAACCCUGAAGUGACCCAUGACCCUUGUAACUAUCACAGCCAUGCAGGAGCCAGAGAACACAAGGGAGGGGACCCAAACCCUCCCAGUUACCUUUUUUGUGGCUUGUUUGGAGAUCCUCACCUUAGAACAUUCAAGGAUCACUUUCAAACGUGCAAAGUGGAAGGGGCCUGGCCACUUAUAGAUAAUAAUUUUCUUUCGGUUCAAGUGACAAACGUGCCCGUGGUCCCUGGAUCCAGUGCUACUGCUACAAAUAAGAUCACUAUCAUCUUCAAGGCCCACCCUGAGUGUACAGAUCAGAAAGUGUACCAAGCUGUGACAGAUGACCUGCCGGCCGCCUUUGUGGAUGGCACCACCAGUGGUGGGGAUGGCGAGGCCAAGAGCCUCCGAAUUGUGGAGAGGGAGAGUGGCCGCUAUGUGGAGAUGCAUGCCCGCUACAUAGGGACCACAGUGUUUGUGCGGCAGCUGGGUCGCUACCUGACCCUCGCCAUCCGUAUGCCCGAAGACCUGGCCAUGUCCUACGAGGAAAGCCAGGACCUGCAGCUGUGUGUGAACGGCUGCCCCCAGAGCGAACGCAUUGAUGACGGGCAGGGCCAGGUGUCUGCCAUCCUGGGGCACACCCUGCCUCGCACCUCCUUGGCACAGGCCUGGCCCGGCUACACACUGGAGACUGCCAACACUCAGUGCCACGAGAAGAUGCCAGUGAAGGACAUCUAUUUCCAGUCUUGCGUCUUCGACCUGCUCACCACUGGUGAUGCCAACUUUACCGCCGCAGCCCACAGUGCCUUGGGGGACAUGGAGGCGCUGCACCCGAGGAAAGAACGCUGGCACAUUUUCCCCAUCAGUGGCAGUGAGACACCCCGUGGAGGCAGCAGCGUGUCUAUCAGUCUAGGACUCACAUGCUUGAUCCUUAUUGUGUUUUUGUAGGGGUUGUCUUUUGUUUUGCUUUUUAUUUUUUGUCUAUAACAAAAUUUUAAAAUAUAUAUUGUCAUAAUAUAUUGAGCAAAAGAUAAGAGUAUGUAUGUAUAUACCAUGUAUAUGACAGGAUGUUUGUCCUGGGACACCCACCAGACUGUACAUACUGUGUUUGGCUGUUUUCACAUAUGUUGGAUGUAGUGUUCUUUGAUUGUAUUGAUUUUGUUUUGCCGUUUUGUGAAAUGUUUUAUAAUGUCCCUGCAUGGGGACCUGUUAGAAAGCACUUUAUUUUUUAUAUAUUAAAUAUUUAUGUAUGUA